AUGUCAGACCCUUCUACCAAGAGACGACGGCUCAAUGGCCCGGCCACUGCACAUCGAAGACACGAUGACAGCGAUUCAAGCGCAGACCACAGCGACCACGAUACGAACAAUUCAGGCGAGCCGCAGGUGAAAAGUCAGGGCACUUCCAGCAUACCCAAACAGGCGAAAAAUCAGAAUGGGGCGCAUUCUGCAAACCGUUAUGCAGAGGCGGGCAGAGCAACCGGCCUGUCCAAAUCCAGCCUUUUCAAACUCCAGACAGAUGAGUUGCUUGUUGGACUAAGGCCGGAUUACGACAGGCUGGUCUCCGAUGUUCAAGGAACUCUGCGUCGGAUCAAAGAUAUCUUGCUUCACGUUUCUGAACGCGAGUCGAAGCGAGCCGACCUGGCUGGGAAGGAACUGCGGGACAAACAUCGCAUCACAGUACCAUUUCCAUGCCACUCUUCGGACGAACUCACUAAAUGUCACGUCUCGUUCCAGCCUCCGACCAGCGUUGACCUUGUAGGCAGCCUCUACUUGCAAGCCGGAUCACAGGCAACAGAAACCUUCAACGUGGAUGUGGCCGUGUCGAUGCCGAAAUCACUCUUUCAAGUGAAAGACUAUCGGAACUACAAAUACUUCCAGAAACGGGCGUUUUAUAUCGCAUGCAUCGCCGCAGCCCUACGAGAAGCAAAAUUGCCUCUCUCGUUACGUUAUAGCUAUCAAGACGGAGACCUUUUGCGUCCCAUUAUUGUCAUGGAAUCGACGGAAAAAGCCCCAGGCCAUUCUGUUCACCAACCCGUCUGCAUCCGCAUCCUCACUGCUAUCGAGGACGAUAUCUUCCCGAUCGUGCGAACGCUUCCAAGCAAGAACAAUGUGCAGGCUGCCGGCUCAGGAGACCAGGAACAAUCUAGCGAUGACGGCAAGUCAAGUCCUUUCUACAAUGCGGCAUUGCGCUUGGAAAUGACACUUAUUCAAUAUCAAAAAUGGCUCCAAACCUGCCUAAAGAAAUAUCCGUCCAUGAGAGAUGCGUGUCUUCUGGGGCAAACCUGGCUCCGCCAGCGAGGAUUUGCGUCUUCUGUGCAAAACGGCGGUUUCGGGAGCUUUGAGUGGAUGUUGCUCCUGGGUCUACUCUUUGAAGGAGGCGGUGCAAACGGUAAACCUAUUUUAUUGCCGUCGUAUAGCAGUUAUCAGAUCUUCAAAGCAGCUAUACAGUUCUUAGCUGCGCGAGACCUGAUGCAGCCUUUGAGUCUGUUUGUCAGCGAUGUCGAAUUUCCAGCCGGAGGUCCAGUCUUGUACGAUGGGAAAAGAGGAUUUAACGUACUGUUCAAAAUGGCCAUCGGGCCUUACAAGCUGCUCCGUCACGAGUGCAACUUGACCCUCUCGCUCUUGAACGAGAUCCGUUUCGAGAAUUUUGAUAAAGUCUUCAUUUUCCAAAACAAUGAUCCUAUGCUCAAAUUUGACCGACUGGUGUCCCUCACUCCGCAACAGAUUUUUGACCCUCUGCAUUCUGUCCAUUGCCAGAAUCACAUCUACAGUGUGUUGGAGAAAUCACUGGGCGACAGAGCAAAGGUGAUCAGUUUAUGGACUCAGCCUCUAUCCCCAUGGUCGCCGGGAUCAAAAGGAUCGAACAAAGCACAUCAGCAGCAGCAGAUCACGAUAGGACUAAUUUUGGACUCUGAAAACUGCAAUCGCCUAGUUGACCAUGGACCUUCUGCAGAGAUGCAAGAGGAAGCUUCGGCAUUCCGAGAAUUCUGGGGUGAAAAGGCAGAACUCAGGCGAUUCAGAGAUGGGAGAAUCCUCGAAAGUUUAGUGUGGUCGGAGCAACAGUCGGUAGUCGAUCAGAUAAUGGUGUACAGCUUGAGUCGUCAUUUGAAAGUGUCCAAGGAGUCUAUCAGCUGUGUUGGCGGCGAGUUCGAUGAGACGUUGCAACGUCUUUCCGGUUCGGAAAUGCAGAAUUCCGCGGUAUUUCAAAGCGUUCGCGAAGCUUUCCAGUCCCUACAGUCAUCCUUUCAGAAUAUGGAUGAUAUUCCUCUUCAAAUCAGACAACUUCAACCUGCCAAUCCAUAUUUAAGGAGCACUGCUAUCAUUUCAGACCUUAAAGACAUCGUGCGCACACCCGUGGACAUCAACCUUCAACUUGAGAGUUCUACCAAGUGGCCAGACGACCUGGACGCUAUUCAGAUGACCAAAGUGGCGUUCCUCCUCAAGAUCGGUGAGGCCUUGGAAGAAAAUGGCGAGAUUAAAUCCUUCCGAGUUGGGCUUGAAAACGAAGACCGACUGUUCAUGAAUCGAGCUUUCCUAGACAUUGUACAUACAACGGGGACUCGUUUCCGACUGAGAAUCCAUCACGAUCGCGAAGCAACCUUGCUAGAAAGGAAAUUAAAGGAAAGCACUCUUGGUCCGCACUAUAAAGAAAAUGUCGGGGCUGCACUCUUCGAAUACAAAAGGACCUUUAUCCAUUCUCCUCGCAUCACUCAAGUGAUCCAAAAGCUUUGCAACCGGUACCCUCUUCUAUCCCCUACAGUUCGUCUGAUGAAGCAUUGGUUCAGCUCUCAACUUCUUUUCUCUCACGUCACCGAAGAAUUCGUGGAGCUACUCACUCUCAACGCCUUCGUCUCAAGUCAUACAUGGGACUCGCCCUCCAGUUUAAUGAGCGGAUUCUGCCGAACGCUCGCAUUACUAUCCAAAUGGAACUGGCAGCAGGAGCCUCUCAUCUUAGACCUAGGAGCGCUUACAGCCGAGGAUGUCAAGGUUAUCGAAACCCGCUUCUUAGCCUGGCGCAACAUCGACCCUGCAAUGAAGAAGGUCGCCAUGAUCAUUGCUUCUGAUCUCGACCAAGACGGGGUAACAUGGACACUCAACGAAAAACCACCCAAGGUUGUCGCCGGCCACAUGUCGCGAUUAGCCAAAGCAGCACUUGAAGCACUCAAGAAGAGGGGCCAAGUGCAAGAGCAAGGGCAAGAACAGGAGGAGGAAUCAUCAUCAUCAUCUAUCGAAAGCCUCUUCAAGCCUUCUUUGACCCCGUACGAUUUCCUGAUUCAUAUAAACCAAACCGAGAAGAAAAAGAAGAAGAAUUCCCCCCAGUUUGCGAACCUAAAGCAUCUCGGUACUAGUAGUAAUGAUGGCGAUGCGAAGAAUAAGCGCGACGACAUCACAAAGGCCUAUCUGCACGAAAUCCAAUCUCUCUUUGAGCAUUGCGCUCUUUUCUUCUAUGGCCAUGAUGACAAUGUCAUUGCGGGCCUGUGGAAACCGACUUCGACCACCUUCAAGCCAUUGAACCUGAAAAUGGGCUAUUCUACACGUCCGGGAGAAAGGGAUAACGAAGACAAUGACGACGAAAACUCUCACGUAACGGUGAAUAAGAAGUCGAUUCUGAACGAAAUAGCUAGACUAGGUGGUGGGCUAGUGCACAGCGUCGAGGACAAAAAUGUAUAA